AUGGAUCAAGCAGAACAACUUUCUGCAGACAGAAGGAAGAGCUUCCUCUCAGUUGACAAGAAAAAGAGCAAUGGCUGUAGAACCAUUGUGGGAUUUUUAUGUGUAUUCCCUGUGGUGGCUUUGCUGGCUAUUGUGGGAGAUCCAGCUGGAGCUGCAGUUCAGAAAAGUCAGGAAGAUGCUACAUCACCUGGUCUUCAUGGAGCGAGUGCCUCUGCUUUGCACGGUCCAGCUUUCCCACCUCGGCCUCCAGCACGGAGAAAACGAUACACGAUCACACCAGGGCACUUGAAGUGGGACCACUUCAACUUGACAUACAAAAUCCUGUCCUUCCCAAGAAACCUUAUAAACGCCAGGGACACACGCAAGGGACUAGCAGCUGCGUUCCGAAUGUGGAGUGAAGUUUCACCAUUCAGCUUCAGAGAAGUGCCACGCCACGUAGCUAGUGACUUGAAAAUAGGCUUCUACUCUAUCAAUCACACAGACUGUCUGGAGUCUCUCAUUCACCACUGCUUUGAUGGAACAACAGGGGAACUUGCUCAUGCCUUCUUCCCACCCAACGGGGAAAUCCAUUUUGAUGACCACGAAUACUGGAUAUUGGGAAAUACACGGUUCAGCUGGAAAAAAGGUGUUUGGCUUACAGAUCUGGUACAUGUAGCCGCUCACGAAAUAGGACAUGCCUUAGGACUUAUGCACUCCCUGAACCCCAAUGCCCUCAUGCACAUCAACGCCACUUUGACUGGGAAAAAGACCAUCUCUCAAGAUGAAGUCUGGGGAAUUCACAGACUUUACGGAUGUAAAGACAGAUUAUUUAUGUGCCCAUCAUGGGCACAAAAAGGUUUCUGCGAGAAACGCAGGAAGUUGAUGAAAAAGCACUGUCCAUCUACCUGUGACUUCUGCUACGAAUUCCCAUUUCCAACGGUCCCCCCUACUCUGCCCCCGCCAAGGACAAAAACCAAGACUGUUUCUGAAGGCAGGAACGUCACCUUCCGCUGCGGACAGAAGAUAAUUCAUAAAAAAGGCAAAGUUUACUGGUAUAAAGAUAAGGAGCUUCUGGAAUACUCAUAUCCAGGUUACUUAUCCUUAAAUGAGGAUCACAUGAGCAUCAUUGCAAAUGCAAUUAAUGAAGGAACUUACACUUGUAUAGUAAAGAAAAAAGAAAGAAUCUUGACUACUUAUUCCUGGAGAAUCAGACUGAAGCACUAACGAGGGCCCUGGAAUGAGCACUUCAAUUACUGCUAGUUCUGUUUCAAAUUCAGAAUGUUUCUUUGGCAUUUUAUAUUUAAUCUCCAGUAGUGCAACUGAACUUCUAAAUCAGCUGCUUCCAUACCUUGGGCAAAAGAGACUCUGAGACUUCAUUACUGGAACGUAGAAGUUUUCCAAAUUAGUUUUAGUGAUAAAGAAUUUAUCAAGUAUGUGCUGUACAGAGAAUUAAAAUUUUUUUUUUAAAAAAGCAAAGUGUCAGAUUUUGCAGUUAAACGUUUAUGUGGAUCACUGCGGACUGCUGAAAAACAAGAACAUAACUCUUCAUCAAACAAAUGGAUGAACAGAUUGAUGGCUCAGCUAUGUUGCAAUAGAGGCAGAGGUAUUGUGGAAGGAAAAUGGCCAGUUAUGCUCUGUAAGUGUUUUGCUGUUAUUUUUUUAGAUCCUGGUGCAUAGAACUAGAAGAACUUACAAAAAAAGUGUAAGACCUAAUAUUUUCCUUUUUCUUUUACUUAUCUGGAGGAGGAUGUAGGGUGACAACAAACCCCUGCUAAUUAUUCUAUUCCACAUUUUGACAUGUUCAGUUCAAGUAUCCACAGAACAUCUUUUUUCCCCCUAGCCGCUUUCCUGCGGUUUGUAUUUAUUACUCGUGUAAUCUUAUCCCAAUAUACUAUUUACCUGCAUCAGCAGCUCCUCAUAACUUGUCCUUUAGGUGUCUGAUCAAUAAGCCUCUUGACUCCUUCAACAGAGAUGAGGUAAUUUCCAUCACUGUCCUCCCCCAGUCACCCAAGUGAUGAGGUAAAUAUGCCACAUCCAACAGGAAAAUAGCGUUAGUAUUGGUAGGCAAAGCCUAGUGCACUCAAACUUAUCUACAGCAGCGGAGCAUUCAUUUGCACAGUUAGGAAUCCCUGACAGUCAUUACAUUUAGCAAGAUCCUUAUCCAGUGUUAAAACAGCCUACGUUGCUCUUUGCUUAGGUUCAUCCUUUUUCAGUUGUCCUCUUAACCUCUUGAAAGAAGUUUCUUCCUACUUAAAAGCACAGCAAAACUGCAAAGCAUCUCACGUACCGCGGCACAGGUCAGUUGCCUAGGAAGACCUCUGUAUUAGAGCAGAAAGGCUCCAUCAGCAAAAUUCUCCUCUGUUCUAGGACAGCAAAAGAGCAAGGGAAAAGAAAGAAACUAAUAAUUACUGUUUGUCUGGUACAAAUGCAAUGACUAUAAUUUUACUGGCAGACAUUUAGCACAAACUCUGCACAUCUUCAUUUAACAGACCAGAGCUGCACCAUAUGGAUCUGAGCAUCUCUUCUCAAGGCAGCUUUGUCUUUGGGAUUUGGAGAAGAGAAACAAGGACAAUGAGCUGAUCAUCGUAGUCUUCAGUAACUAUCACAAGGGGAUGUCAACACUUCAGCUGCAAGAAGGCUUAAUCUUUGGGUAGAUCCAAAGUCCUUCAUCUCACUUAUCACUACAGCAUAACAGUGUCUUUUAAACAUAUCAUUUAUGAUUACCAGGUUUCAUACAAUUUCUCUGAAUACAGUUUCUUUACAUUGCAGUAACCUACCGCUAUCUCCGUAGCGCUCUCCAACUGUCUGAUGCUUCUGGCAGGCAGUGUCCACACUGGAGUUUGGGGAAUAAGUGAAUGCACAGGCAGGGUAAGCACUGAUAGCUAAGGCUCUGCUUUGCCACAGAUACCCUGUGAGAUGUUGGCCACCGUCAGAAACUGGAUGUUGACCCAAAGGCCAGUGGAAAAAAGAAAGCAAUUAAACAAGUUGCAAGCUUAAGACAGACACCAGGCCACUACGCAGCUCUGCCAUUCCGUCCGGUACGCCCACGACACGAACGGCAUGGCACAGCACUCCAGCAUGCAGAUCUGCUCUAUCUGCAAUUUCAAGGCUAUCUGGUCGCUCAACAGAAUUGUCAGGAAACAAAACACUUGAUUUUCUGUAAAGAAGCCAAGAAAAAAAUUAAGCUCUCCCCAUCCCCCUGCACAGGCACACUACAUGACACAGCUUCCAUUUGCUGAAAUGCAGAUUUGCUGGUAUGGAAAACAGUUCACAGAUUUGGUGAUAUCCUCAAGGUAAGCAACAAAACUUACUUUCUCUUAGAUUACAACUUGAAUUUAUAAAAAUAAACCAACAACAAAAUAAGUACCUAAACUACAACAAUCCUGUGAUUCCACCACACACUCAUGCAUUGGAACUUCACGCUGGCAUCAGUUGUUUAAAAAGACCUAAUUUCAAACUACUUGGAUACUGUGAUACUGUUCCUGGUGAAAGAGACCAUAACUUUUUUUCCUCACCUUAC